CUCACAUGUAUGUUCGAGAAAAAUUAAUAACAUAAAGCAUAACAAGCUAUUUAAAUAAAAUGGAAAAAACUCGAAGCAAGAGGCAACGCGAGAAAAAGGACAAAUCUUGUCAGCUAAUACGGAUUGUUGUUCGGCAUUUGCCUCCAACCAUGACCGAAAAGGAAUUUCUCGCUCAGGUAGACCCUUUGCCGGAAAACGAUUCGUAUUAUUAUUGCCCAGCGGAUUGGUCCCUCGGCCAAGAAGCAACUUGCCGGGCCUACAUUGAUAUAUCUACCAAGGAUACUAACGACGUGCUGCAAUUUCGAGAUCGUUUCGAUGGAUACGUUUUUGUAGAUUCGAGGGGCUCUGAAUACAUUGCUAUUGUAGAAUAUGCCCCAUUUCAAUCUCUUCUAAAGAACAAAGCACGCGGUCACGAUAACAAAAUAAAUACCAUUGAGCAAGAACAACAUUUUCAAGAGUUUCUGCAAAGUUUGGAGGAAGAACGUGAAGAUGCAAAUCGAUUGAGCGAUGUAAAGAUUGAUUUCUCAUUCGACCUUAAGAAUGAUGAAAAAGUCAAGUCGACGCCUUUGCUGCAGUACUUGUCAAACAAAAAGGAAAAGAGGCGUGAAGAAGCGCGUAAACGUAACGAAGAAAAGCGGAAACAACGCGAAGAACAGAAACAGUUACGUUUGUUGGAAUCGACACAAAUCAAGCCAAAGGAAGCUGCCUCUAAUGAAAACAAAAAGGUCACAAAUAAUUCAAAAAAGACAUCAGGCAAAGAGGUAUUAGCCACUCCUGAGAUCACAAAGUCGUCGCGUUCUACGCGGCGCAGCGAGAGGGAUCAGAGACGACGCGAAGAACAUGAGCAGCGUAAAUUAGUUCGUGAGCGUGAGAAAAAGUUAUAUGAGAAAAGGCCUGAUGCUGAGAAAGGAAAAUCCCAAGCUAAUGAGUCAAAACAACUAGAGAAGGAAAUUGUAAUUUUAAAGAAGGAAAUUGUGCCAAUGACUGAUGCGCAAAAGACAGCAGAUCUAUGUGCAGAGAGUUCCAUAAAGAACACUGACGGUAACGAUCCAUCUAAAAUUCUCCAUAAAAAUAGUAGAUCAACAGCAAAAUCAUAUUGUAAUCUAACCCCUGAAAGUAAGGAAGUUAAAACAAGUAACAGGCUCAAAUCCUCAGAUGAUCGUCGCAUAAGAAAUAAGGAUCGACCAUCCAGAGCCAUAUACCAGCCCAAAGUACGUUUACGUCAGGGCUCAGAAGAAAAUUCACCAAGCGAUGGCAAGGAUCAAGGUCGUACAGCUGAAGAAGCAGUCUAUUGCAAUUUACCAGGGGAAAAAGUCAAGAUCAAACGAUUUGGCAGACGUAAUAGACAAAAACCAAACCAGAAUAAAGAGAGUGCUGAGUACGCACGACGUCCGUCGAAAUCUUCAGAGAGCAGCACAAGCACACACUCUACCUUAAAAUAAAAUAAACGCGUAUGUUGCUCAAAUAUUUAUUAUUUUUA